AUGCUAAAUGGCGAGUUUGACGAGAUUGAGACGCCUAUACUGUUCAAGUCAACGCCUGAAGGUGCUCGAGAAUUCCUCGUCCCAACGAGGCGAAAAGGGCUGGCCUACGCACUCCCGCAGAGUCCGCAGCAAUACAAACAGGUCCUGAUGGCAUCCGGAAUUCCCCGCUACUUCCAGUUUGCCAGGUGCUUUCGCGACGAAGAUCUCAGAGCUGACAGACAGCCCGAAUUCACCCAGCUCGAUCUCGAAAUGGCUUUCGCAGGAAGUAUUGAUGUCAUGAAAACUGUGGAAGCUCUGCUCUUGGAAGCGGUCUGGCCCAAUGUGCCUGGUAUCGCAUCAUUACAACCACCUACUUCCACCAGGCUCUCUGACAGCGAGGAAACGAUUUCAGAUCCUAAGCGUCUGGCCUUUCCACAGCUCACAUAUGAAGAUGCAAUGAGCCGGUAUGGUUCGGACAAGCCCGACACGCGCUUAGGCUCCGAAAUCCGCAGGGUGGACAGCUGGCUGCCACCAAACGUGAAAGGCAUGAUCACGUCGCUUGAUGACCCUGUAGUUGAGAUGAUGAAAAUCGACAUGCAAGGCAGCGAACCCGCCGAGACUCAGAAAUUCUUCAAAGAAUUCCUUGACGCGUCGGCAAAGGCAAGGUACAGAACCGACGAAUCACGAGUACCAGGGGUGGCUGUCUACGAUCCCCUCAAGCCACUGCAUGGUCUGGCCACCUUUGGUCACGAAGGAGCGGCUCGAGUGGAAGAAGAGUUUGUACCCGAACCUGGCGACCUCUUGAUCUUUUGGAGUCGUGAAGACAAGCCAUUCGCUGGUGGUUCCACCGUCCUGGGUGACCUCCGCCGCGAUGUCUAUCAAAGUGCCAUGUCACAGGGUUUGAUCACGGCUCCCUCUGGGUUCUCGCCGUUGUGGCUCAUAGAUUUCCCUCUCUUCUCCCCGAUAGACGAGUCAAAACCACGCCAAGAUGAAACAACAGCAGUUUGCUCGACUCAUCAUCCUUUUACGGCUCCCAAACACGGCCGAGAUCUAAAUCACCAGCUCUUCAAGGACGAACCUUUAUCAAUCAUCGGCGAUCACUAUGAUCUCGUGAUCAACGGGGUGGAGGUGGGCGGUGGCUCCUGUCGUAUCCAUUGUCCAACUACGCAGCGCUUCAUCUUCAGCGAAGUCCUCAGAAUGUCCGAUCGGCAGAUCAGGACGGACUUUCAACAUCUGCUCGACGCACUAAGCGCUGGCUGUCCGCCGCACGCUGGAUUUGCGUUAGGCUUCGAUCGGCUGAUGACUAUGUUGACGAACAGCACCAGUGUACGAGACGUGAUUGCUUUCCCCAAAACUGCCGAUGGGGAAGAUAAAUUUGCUGGCUCCCCUUCACGACUCACACCAGAGCAGCUGGCAACCUAUCACCUCACAAUAGCCGACAAGGCCUCUCAGGCUUCAGGAAACAAGAUUUCGAAGAAGGCAUAG